CAUAUGUAAUCCAGACCACAGAGUUCGAACUAGCGAACAUUGUGACUCAGGACACUUAUGAAUAAAAAACACAAAGGUGGACUUCCAGAGAAAUUACCUUUUAUACUUCAGUCACCCUUAGACUAGACUGCAGAUUUAUAAACGUGCAAGGUAGCAAUCUUCUCUGGUUUGAAUAAGCGUUCAAGCACUUUUAUUUCUAUAACUAUUGGUUCCUGCUUUUCCUUUCUUGCUUUGCUUUGCCAUUAAUAAUUAUAUUGUGGAAUAUUUAUUAAUAAGGUAUUAUGAGGUUUUACAACGUUCGCUUGUUUGAAAUCUGAACGAAAAGCGGUAUAACAAUGCAUACCGUGUGAAGGUCUACAGUGUUUGUCAUCUAGCUGAAGCAAACACACUAAAAGCAAGUUUUGCUUGUUGCAGCAAGAUGGCAGUAGUGUCGACAUGCUGAAUGCGGACUCUGAUGACGUCAGCCCACCUGAGGAAUCAGUUUCUUCCAGCAGAAGAAGUAGUAGAGUGUUGAAGAAUGACUUAUUACUGCACGAGGCGGUCAUCAAGAACGACACGGACGCGGUUAAAAAAGUGCUCAAAGAACACGUAGACAUCAACUCUAGGAAUAACUAUGGACGAGCACCCAUUCACUGGGCGGCCUCCCGAGGCAGCACCGACAUAAUGGAGCUUCUGAUAGGAGCCAAGUGUGACAUAGAAGCACGAGACAAAUACGGUAUGAGGCCGCUGCUGAUGGCCGCCUGGCAUGGGCACACGGAUGCCGUGCAGCUCCUCAUCAACUGUGGGGCCAGCGUAGUCGCCACCAACAAGAAGCAGUACACUCUCCUCAUGUGUGCGGCCCGCAACAACCGGUUGUCCGUGGUCAACUUCCUGCUGGACUCCCUGGAACACGUGGACGUAGACCUCGUGGACAUGGACCGCCAGACCGCACUGCACCACGCCGCCCAGGCCGGUCACAAAGAUGUGGUAGCCCGCAUCGUCCAGGCCGGUGCCAACACGAAAGUCGUCAACAGGCAAGGACGCACAGCUCUGCACCUGGCCAGCGAGAAGGGACAUGUGGACGUGGUCGAGUUCCUGCUGAGGCACGAAGCCCAGAUGGAGACGAGAGACGAGGAUGGUAACAGUCCCUUGCACCUGGCGGUCGAGAACAAACACCUCAUGGUCACUCAGCUCCUCCUGGAGUCCGGCACUCCUCCCGAUAUAGACAACCAUAAAGGCAUGACAGCUCUGCACAUAGCCAGCAGCCUGGGGUGUAGAGGCAUUAUAGACACGCUGCUGCAGUACGGCAGUGAUGUUGACAAACAGAGCAAGAACGGUUGCACCCCGCUACAUCUUGCGAGCGAAGCGAACGACUGCGAGACCGUGGAGCUCCUCAUCUCCAAGGGCGCUGACCUCAACGCUCUCAACUCGAGGCUACAGUCACCUAUCCAUAUCGCGGCGGAGUUCGGGUACACGGAAAUCUGCAAGGUGCUGCUGGCCGCGGGCGCCAACAUCGAGCAGCGAGAGCAGGGAGGCCGGACGCCGCUGUACAUCGCCGCCAGAGGGAGCUUCACCGCCAUCGUGGACAUGAUCAUCAAGACCGCCCGCCUGGAUUAUCCGGAGCCUGAGGACAACUGCGAGGGAGGGCCGCAGAGUGCGGCACGACGGAAGUGGAGGUCGCAGCAGGAGGGAGGUGUGGGGGAGUGCCAGGACAGACUGCGACCGGUCCUCCACAAGCUGGCACACAGACAACUGGACGCAGGAGACUGGAAGCGGCUAGCACACCACUGGGCGUUCACGGAGGAGCAGAUACGGGCCAUAGAACACCAGUACACAGGUCCCAACAGCUACAAGGAGCACAGCUAUCGGAUGUUAUUGAUAUGGAGCGAGGGUCUGAACCAGGAGGUGAAUCCCGUCAAGAGUUUGUGUGAGGGACUCUGUGCCAUUAACAAGAAAGCUGUGGCAGAAUCGAUAAGGAAGAAGCUGAACGAAGACAUCGAGUUGCCGCAGAAGAGUGGACACCUGUGUUGUACAUCAUGUUCCAUGUUCUAGUCUCGGCACGCCCCAGCCCCUGGCUUCUAGACGUUGUAUGUUCCGUAGCACUGCGAUGUUCUGAACUGUGCUCUGUCGUCGUCAAUUACGUGAAAAACUGAAACCAUCAGCAUUUUAAGUUAAACACUGUACAUUGGAGAAUGCACACUAAAAAUAAAGGGAAGUCAUGCUAUA